AGAGGAUGCUAGGGCCAAGGGGUAGUCCUCAAAUGGGAAACCGGGAUUGCGUUUUAGGCCGUCUAGCAAUGAUCAUGAAGGGACACAAGGUAAGGCUGAUGUAUCCUGCGUUGUUUAUAAAAUUGGUGAAUGCAUGCAAGAACUCAUAAAAUUGUGGAAGGACUAUGAACUAUCGCAAGCUGAUAAAGCAUGCGAAGGCUCUCAGAAUGGCCCUACUUUGGAAAUCUGCGUACCAGCUGAACAUGUUACUGCUACUAAUCGUCAGGUAAGAGGUGGGCAGCUAUGGGGGACAGAUGUGUACACAGUUGACUCUGAUUUGGUGGCUGUUCUUAUGCAUACAGGCUAUUGUCGCCCAACUGCUUCUCCUCCGCCAUCUGCUACUAAGGAGUUACGGGCCACAAUCAGAGUGUUGCCUCCACAAGAUUGUUACAUUUCUACACUGAGGAAUAAUGUUCGUUCACGUGCUUGGGGAGCUGCCAUUGGUUGCAGUUAUCGUGUUGAGCGGUGUUGCGUCGUGAAGAAAGGAGGUGGAAUUAUUGAUCUUGAACCUUGUCUAGCACAUUCAUCAACCAUGGAGCCUACUCUAGCUCCAGUGGCUGUGGAGCGCACAAUGACUACAAGGGCUGCAGCUUCGAAUGCAUUGCGCCAACAAAGGUUUGUGCGUGAAGUGACAAUUCAGUUCAAUCUCUGUAUGGAGCCUUGGCUUAAAUACAGCAUUAGUGCUGUUGCAGACAAAGGUCUAAAAAAGUCCCUCUUUACAUCUGCACGCUUGAAGAAGGGAGAAGUGCUAUAUGUUGAGACUCAUUCCCGUAGAUUACUGUACGACGGAGUUCCGUGCGAAAAUUUGCCAACAAGUGCAAAUUUGAAAGGAGCUGCAAGAACUUCGGUCUCAGCAUCUGUAAACACCAAAGUAGGACCAUUGUCGCCAGUCAAAAUUGCGCUGAUUGCUGGAGGUGGCGAGUGUGCCAGGAAGUAUUUGUGUGAUGUCGUAUUUGCGAUUUUCGAUGCCCGUGAUGGUGCAACAACUUUCGCGAACGUUUUCUUCGGAAGGUACUGUGUCGAAAUUGAGGUUGCUGGUUGCUGUUUCUGUUUGACCGGCUGAGUUGACUGAACCAAAUCAGUCAACCGUGCCUGUUGACCAUCGCCGGCUGUCGGAGGAGGCGAUUCAGGCGUGUAAUCGAUGGUCGUUUCAGACCGGAUGGAUGGAUGCGCCAGGACGAAGCAAGUUGACUAGUGUAACUCCGCUAGCAAACGGACGUCAGACGGCGGCGGAACAGCGGCUUAAAGGGUGGCGAUUGCGCGAUGUGGAGAAACUCGAGAUCUCUGCAUAUAGGUGAUGAAAUUUGAUGAGAUCUGUCCCAAUUGACUCGCAAUAAGGAGAGGAUUCAAACGCAUGUGGUCCGCGAUUGUGGGUCACCGUGACGACGGAGAAAUCGACGGCGGAGUGUGUGGUCGCGGUGGACGAUGGCGGACAACUUCAAAUCGACGUAACUUUGCGCCUAGUUGAUGAAAAUUGGUGAAACUGGUCUCAUUAGAACCGCAAUUAGUAGGUGAGUCUAACGGUACUAGUCCGCGAUCAUGGGUCUUUCUGUAGCCGGCGAAUCAACGCGAUUUGUCCGUUGUAGUCGAUCUAAAAGUCCAUUUGCGAUCGUUGGCCAAUCACGAAAUUGAUUGAGGGGAAAUCUUCUACUCAGUGAGGUAAAUCUAACGGUGUAUGGCUUGGACGGUGAAUCGAUCUGACGGCGUUGGAAUUUUAGAGAGAAGAUUCUGGCAAUUUUUGGGCAAAAAUCACAAACUUUCACGGUUGCCGUGCCGGCUCGUCCGGUGGAGAUUCAGGCGAUGUGCAUCAUGGUUGGCCAAAGCUCGACGAGAUGAGUUUGACGCUGGUGGCCAUGUCUUGAGACGCAUCGGUGAGAUUUUUUGGCCGGCGGCGCCUCCGCGACGGAUGCGGUGACGGGCUGUUUAUUAGUGGUGGUGGUGAGGCUGAAAGAGUGGUGGUUUGGUCUUGGUGGGUGGUGGAAGUGCUAGUGUGUGUAAAUCUCACAUAAUGGUAGUGAGAAGUUGAGAGAAAUUGGCCAGGUGCAUGGUUUUUUGUUUAGGAUUUAGGCUUUAGGAUUUUUUUUUUAAUAAAAGCACCCGAGGGUGGGGGAGGCUUUCUGGGGUCCCCGUCCCAUCUUCAUUAAAAAAGAACAACAGGCAUCAUUACAAAAUAAAGCAACGAAAUACAAAAUGAUGACUACUAUUCCUUUACAUUGUAAUAAGAAAACAAGUUUUUUGCUACUUCUAAUAAAACUGCUCUCCUUUCUUUGUGUCAAGCGGGUUGCGGUUCAGGUGGCAUACUAGACCCAAAUCUUAAUCGGGUGUGGGCUAACCGGACCCAAAUCUUAAUUGGGUGUGGGCUAAUCGGAGCGACAUCAUCCUCCCCCUCUGAUUCAUCAGUAUAUCCUCCCCGUUUGAUUCAUCAGUAUAUCCUCCCCAUCUGAUUCAUCAGUAUCGUCCCAAGCCUUCAAUUGUCCAGCGGCCACUCCAAAAUGUGACAAAAUUUUGAAGAGUUUAAAGGCCUUCCUAAGUUUGAUCCAUUUUUUCCUCCUUUGGCCUUCCAUUCUCAUUUUGUCAACUGACUGCAUUUCCAUUUUCCCAAGUAAGGAAAUAUUCAUCACAAACAACAGGGUUAUCGGAGUCGCAACAAACUUCAGGAAUGGAUUCAUCAAUUUCAUCACACUUAGCAACAUUUUCAAUAUCAUGGUUAUCAUCGUGUGCCGUGCAAUAUCAUCUUCAACAUGCAAAUCAAUCUCCACUUUCGAACCAGAAUUAACAUCCGACGUCUCGAUUUCAGGGUUUAGAGUUUAGUAUUUUUUUUUAAAAAAGGAAGCUUUUUGGGGUCCCCAUCCCUUCUUCAUUGAGAAUAAAGUACAGUACGCAUUACAACAUAAUCAAAAAAACAUAGAAAUAGGAGUACUACUCCUUUACAUUUUGACACGACCUCAACUAUUUUGUUUCUUCCAUUUUUUCUUGAUUCGAUUUGUGUUUAUCCUUGGACCGCACGAGGUACUCCUCCGUUUCAUCACUCGAAUUUUUACCUCCGUAUUCCUGACCAGGUACUUUUGUAUCAUGUCCAUGAGGAAUUGAUUUCUCGACAGUCUGGCCGGGGAGGAUACAGGAUACCUCAUGGACAGGAUACAGGAGUACCUGGUCUGGAAUACGGAGGUGAAAAUUCGAGUGAUGAAACGGAGGAGUACCUCGUGCAGUCCAAGGAUAAACACAAAUCGAAUCAAGAAAAAAUGGAAGAAACAAAAUAGUUGAGGUCGUGUCAAAAUGUAAAGGAGUAGUACUCCUAUUUCUAUAUUUUGUUGAUUAUGUUCUAAUGCGUACUGUACUUUAUUUUCAAUGAAGAAGGGAGGGGGACCCCAAAAAGCUU